AUGAAAAGUGAGGCAGCAAAUGACACCUGGGCUUUGCACACACCACCCAAUGACACGUCGCUUGGCCGGCGUGCGAUCAUCAGCUGGGUUGCCCUUCUUGCGCUUGGCCUGGUCCUUCUUCCCGCGCUUUCAAUCGUCAGUCCUGCCGAUUUGAGCCAGCGCAUCGUCCACGUCCCCCAGAUGCCCCACAGCUCAGGUUGUGCUAAAAAGCUCGUCAUUCCCACUCGGCGUCCCAGACCUUUUGAUCGCCCUGUCAUUCCUCACUACCCCAUUUGUGCCUCAGCUAUCUUCACAACCACCAUCCACCUCAUUGUCGAGCAAUUCUACACAGACAGACGUAUUGUUGAUUAUCGUGCUGAUCACCGUCAUCGCGCAGCGUACUCUUACAACAACACCACACAGUAUGGCCUCGACCAUGGACAAUACGCACUCGAGCAGACCAAACAGAAUUUCUGGAAUAGUCAUGCACAUCUUUCCGAGAACGAGCGCCAGGAACUCUGGUCACAGGCCACCGCUCUGCCGCCCAACAACGCCUUCGGCAGCUCAAAUGCAUCGACAGCCCAGCAAACACCACGCUCGAUGCCGUCAACGUCAAACUUGACACACCUCCCAACAAUGGACUACGGAUACUCGACACCCCGCAUGAGCCCUUCAAUAUCUACUGCCACUGACGCAAACGGCCUCGAGCGGUCAAUGUCUGACUGGCAAUCAAUGUCUCGCGAGUCCAACGACUACACCUUCUACUCUGAUGCAUCGAUGCGCCAACAACAAGCCCUCCAAUCCAUUCCAGAGCACGCUGGAUACACCAACCAGAGCUUGACUGAGUGGAGUCCUCGCGACUACGUCAGCAAUUGCAUCGAGCCAGAGAGCUCCUUCCCCCUCUCCUCCUCAUUCCCCCAACAUUCACAACAAUUGCAAGUACUAACUCCCUCUUUGCAGUGGGGUUCUUCUUCGGAAGGCUCUACCACGCCAAACACUCCGUCAACUGCUCUGAUGACGCCGAUUACUCAUGCGAGUAAUUCAAUGAGUCGCCAGAGCAGUUGCAAUUCGAGUUUCCUUGGUGAUACUUCCAUGUUGCGCAUUCAGUCUGAUUCUUCAUGUAUGCUGCCCAUCCUCCCAGAGGAUGGGGUUUCCUUAUUUCCUUUCGAUGUCGAGUCGAAACCUGUCACCGAUGUUAAUGCUUCUUUUUUCCCUUCUUUCGGUGGUUCCGCCACCGAAGCUUUCCUUCCUUCUACUCAGUCUGCUUCCCCUGCAAGUGCUCCUCGGGCAUUUGCUUCUUCGGAGAACACGCCGUACCUGGGGGAGGAUAUGUCGAGGUCGGCUUCAACAAGUUCCAGCGAGGGUAACGUCAGCGACGGCUCAAUGCCAUCGUCGAAUUACUCUCGCCAGUCGCGUCGCGACCGCGACAUUGCGCUCGCUGCGACUCGCACGAUUGCCCCCAAGGCUAUCGAACGCGACUACCAGACUGAGUCUGCGUCAUCAAAUGCUCAGAUGGCAAGGAUAAAGUCUGCGGACGGAUCGUCCAAAACUGUUGGUGUCCUCACUAAAACACCCUAUGUGCGCCCUCAGCAUCCCAAGAUUCACUGCCCGCAUUGCCCUGAAAAGCCUUGCUUUCGUGGCACGCAUGAGCUUGAUCGCCACAUUGCGCGUGCUCAUGCCUCAAGGAGAAAGGGGUACAUCUGCGUCGACUACUCAGCUGACAAGAAGUUCCUUGCCAACUGCAAGCACUGCCGUAACAAAAAGGUAUACGGUGCAUACUACAACGCUGCCGCUCACCUGCGUCGUGCGCACUUCCACCCUCGCAAGCGGGGCAGGAAGGGCAAGAACGACGAGAAGCGUGGCGGUAUUGGUGGUGGAGACCACCCUGCCAUGGACUACCUCAAGCAGCACUGGAUCAAAGAGGUGGAGGUCGACAACAACACGUGCUCAUCGCCCGGCAGCGCUUCCGACGAUGCUGCUGACGCCAACGACAACUCCUACGAGCAGAACUUCGACAUCAACGCCUCUGCGCCGUUUCCAUCUCAGCCGCCCAUGCCCACGUCAAUGACCUCUCAGGUACAGCUUGACCCUAGCCAGUUCAUCGACGGCUACGGUCUGAGUAUGAAUGCGAGUGAGACUAUCAUGUACGACGCCAACACGUACGACAACAACACCUUCGUCGCCUACGACCCCAACGUCGCCGCGACGACCGACAUGAGUAACUUUCAAUUCGACGCAUACAUGUGA